CACACUAGGGAAGCCUAUUAGACAUCUACCAUGAGAAACGUGCUCCAUGCCCAUGAUUCUGAAGGAGUACGUAUGAUUUGUGUGUGUGUACACUGAUUGAAUUCUGAUUCAGGUGCAGGUGCUUGUCUUUCUCUCUCUCUCUCUCUCUCUCUCUCUCCCUCUCUCUCUCUCUGUCUGUGUGUGUGUGUGUGUGUGUGUGUGUCAGUGUGGUCCUCAUAUCCCUCUAUCCCUGUGUCAUUGCAACUCAAGAGCUCAUCCAUGGCGAUGUUCAACGAUGCUGAGUGGUCCUGGAACGACUCUUACGGCGGCAUUCCAGAUGGGAAUUCCAGCGUGGAACAGCUGGAGGCGGAGAGCGAGCGGAACUACUACGCCAUGUUCUACUCCCUGCUCAUCCUGGCCAUUGUGUUCGGGAACGUGCUGGUGUGCAUGGCUGUGGUGAGGGAGCGCUCCCUCCAGACCACAACCAAUUACCUGGUGGUGAGCUUGGCUGUGGCAGAUCUACUGGUGGCCACACUCGUUAUGCCCUGGGCUGUCUACCUGGAGGUGAUGGGCGGUGCAUGGCUUUUCAGUCGACUGUACUGCAACGUCUUUGUCACGCUGGAUGUGAUGAUGUGUACUGCCAGCAUCCUCAACCUGUGUGCCAUCAGCAUCGACAGGUACACUGCAGUGGUGAUGCCUGUUCUGUAUAACACCACGCACAGCUCUCGUAAACGGGUGUCCGUCAUGAUCGCCGCUGUCUGGGUCCUGGCCUUCGCCGUCUCCUGUCCCCUGCUGUUUGGGUUCAACACCACAGAUGACCCCACGGUGUGCUCCAUCUCCAACCCAGAGUUUGUCAUCUACUCGUCCGUGGUGUCCUUCUACCUGCCCUUCAUGGUCACGCUGCUGGUCUACAUCCGCAUCUACGUCUUCCUCCGGAGGCGCAGGAAGCGCAUCGCCUUCAGACAGGCCAGCGGGAAAGUCCAGCCGGGAUCCGCUCUGCCGUCUGCGGAGACCUGUUUGCAGGAGAACAUGAAGGAGAGGAGAGAUCUCUCCCCAAUUAGGAUCAAAGUGGAGGCCUCAGACCAGCCUCCCCAGGCCAAGGCCCGCCUCCUCCCGAGCUGCCUGCGGCCUAAGAAGCCGCGCACGGCCCCCGUGCAGAACUCGCUGCUGCCCCCGCUGGACCUCCAGAACUACUGCAGCAUCAGCCAGGCCUCCUUCGGGCGCACCGACCAGGACGGGACGCCCCACGGCGGCGAGGGCGGCGAGGGGGAGGAAGAGGAGGAGGAGGAGGAGGAAGAGGACGGUGGGGAGUCGACGAGCGAGAGGACGCGGGGCGGCCUCACCCUGCGGCGCAGCUGCGAGGUGAAGGACAUGUCCAACGGCCGGACGCACACGGCGCUCCGGCCCACGGCGCAGGGCCCCGCGCUCCGCCCCAGCCAGCUGCGGAACCGGAACAUGCAGGCCCGGGAGAGGAAGGCCACGCAGAUGCUGGCGAUCGUGCUGGGGGUCUUUCUCAUCUGCUGGCUGCCCUUCUUUGUGACUCACAUCCUGAACACCCACUGCCGGACGUGCUACAUCCCGCCCGAGCUCUACAGCGCCUUCACCUGGCUGGGCUACGUCAACAGCGCCCUCAACCCCGUCAUCUACACCACCUUCAACAUCGAGUUCCGCCGCGCCUUCAUCAAGAUUCUCACCUGCUGAGAUCACUCACCCACACACACACAUCACACACACACAAACACACAAACAAACUCGCGCUCUCAAGGAUCCACGGGUGAAAGGAUCUUCCACGUCACGCUCUUCGUAGAACCUGGCGGAAGAACCAAGAACAGAGACAGAGAGAGAGAGAGAGAGAGAGAGAGAGAGAGAGAGAGAGAGAGAGAGAGAGAGAGAGAGAGAGAGAGCAUGCAGGGGGAAGUGAGGAAACAAGGACGCGUCCUAAGGAGGACGCCUGGCUCGGGAGGACUCGUCCUCUUCUCAGCGAGCCACAGCACUGCUGUCAGACCGACUGUAGAGACUCUCUCGCUUUGCCAGCCCCUGCCUCACGUCCAUGGCCGCCUCCUCUCCCCACUCUUGGCACACCACCGGAGCCUGUCAGUGUUAUCUUCACUGGAGUAAUAGGAACCAGCUGCAGCUCGGGAGCUGACGGGGCUGGGGGAGCUUGAAUUGGCUCGACUCGCUCCCACCUUCAAGUGCAGGUGUUUUCGCUAAUGGCGCAGUGAUCCGUAUCUUGAUAGAGUCACUCGCCGAGAGCAGCCCGCGAAGAAUGUGAAGGGGACACGAUGGGAACCUUUGUCUCAUUUCCUGUCUCUUAAGUUCCCCGUUUCCUGUGCUUCCUGUUCCCCCCUGGGUGAAUGACUUGAGACAGGUUCUUCUCAGUCUCUCAGCGAAUCAAUACAAACUUGACAAGUUGCCAAGCGAAAAGGCAUUCAUCGAGCCCAUCUCACACCGUGCCAUUAAAGACUGAGAUCCUCCUCGCGACGCUCAGCGAUAAGAAAAAUAAACAAAGAUGUCUUGUAGCGUCUUGUUGCCGUCACGCUCGCUCGGAAUUGUCUGUGUCCUCACAAAAACUCUGCAGAUGCGCGUCGCGUCACGUCACCAACGCCUAUCUUUAGCUGUCCAUUGCUGCCUCGAGCACAUGUUAACACUCCAGCUGUCUUUGAAGAGGUUUUUUUUUUCCUUUUCGGUUUAUGUUGGCGUGUUCCGAGAUUAUCAAGUCACAAAAAUCGCCUUGGGAGUCUUGUGUUUUAUUUUAUUUUAUCUUUUUGUUGUGGAGCAUCGGGGGAAUCGCAUUGGAAUUUCUUCAAGGAAUUCACAGAUUUGUCGCAGGGACCAUGAGCAUACGGUGAUUGACAUACACAUGGCGCUUAAGAGAUCUGAGAGCCAACCCCCCUCCAACCCCCCUCCAACCCCCAUGCCUUUGAUACCAGCUUCCCUGGCAGGCAGGGGCCUGUAUGCUGUCACCGUAUCGGACUCUGGAGACUAGAGGGAGGUGGGGAGGAUUGUCAUGGAGUAAGAAUAUAUAUAAAAAAUCGCUUCUGUGUUGUGUGAAUAAAGCUAAAUGGA